GUGCUUUUCGACGCUUUCUCGUGGAUCCGUCGCAGCACGAACACGAACGUGAUGGCGCUGGCGAUACUCGACGCCGGCUCGGACAUCCUCUACGUGCGGCUGAUCGACGAGAAGCCGAUCCCGGGUACGACUCGACAAGUUCGUGCCGGCGACCUUCGGCAUAUCUUUGCUACAAAAUGGUUCCCCUGGAUGGGGCGCCCGAAGGUCAUGCGCUACGACCCUGCCGGCAGCGCCAUCUCCGACGAGUUCCGCGAGUGGAUCGAGGGCCAGGGAGUCUACUGUCUCCCAUGCGCGGCCGACGCCCACUGGCAGAUCGGCAAGAUCGAGCGCGCCAUUGAAGCCUUCAAGGAGGCCCUCGACGCUUUCGACGAGAUGGUCUCAGCCGAAGUACCCACCAGUGAGAUGUUCGGACUCCAGACAGCGGCCAGGAACGACCUGAUCAGGAUCGACGGGUUCAGCCCGCUGCAGCGCUACGCGGGACGGACGCCGACUGGGGCGACAGUCAACCUGUCGGACGAGCCGAACAACCUGCCGCUCAUCAGUGCCGAGCUGCAGGACGGUACCUUCAGCAGGGACGCCCAGGUACGACGGAUGGCGCGGCUGGCUCACAUCCAGACCGAGAAUUCUGACCGAGUUAAGCGAGCGGAGGCCGCGCGCUUCAGGUCCUUCAAGAAGUACGAGACGGGCGAUCUGGUUUUUGUCUACAGGCGGCUCCCACCAGGGGACGCUGGUACGGACCUGGACGAGUACUUUGUCACGAGCCAGCGAGCUCGGGACACCGACCUGCCGGGGACCUGGACCUUCGGCGAUGUCCAGAAGCAGCUCGACACUAACGAGGUGAUCGACUUGUCGAACGAGUCCCCGCCCACUGGCGAGGAGACCCUCGUAGUCUUGACCCAGGAGGCGGCGGAGGUGGUGGAGCCUUGGCGGCGCCACCCGGACUGGAAGAGCGACCUCUACCUGGACCGCGUCCAGGAACCUCUCAUCCAGCCAGCUCAGCCAGAAGUUCCACCAGGCAUUCCACAGGAAGACGGCCACGAAGCUGGACUACCCGAAGAAGCUGAGCAGCCCAUCGAGGAGGAGAUCGUCAUGGAAGCCCCUCCCGGCGACGACCAGGAGGAGCGCGCGUCGCAGCGGCCCAUCGAGGUGGAGACUGACGAUGACCUCGACGAUAUCUCGGCGCCCGACGUGAACGAUAAGCGCCGGAUCCGAGAGCCCGGCUCAACCGAGCCCCCGGCUAAGAAGCAGCGGGUCAACGCUGCGACCCAGGAGGCCUUCUCCUACUACCUGCAAGAGGGUAACUUCUACAGCGACUAUGCCUACAGUGUCCAGCAGUACGACGAUAUGAAGGAGAACGACGAACUCAUCGUGCUGGACAUCCCUGUCAGCAACGAGCAUGCGUUCAUGGCCUACAUGGACGACCCCAGCAACUUCGUGGCAUCGCAGGCCCGCAAGGGCCGAGUGGAGGUCUCAUUUAAGAAGGCGACGCCUGAGGAGAAGAAGCUGCUACUCGAGGCCCAGCAGAAGGAGUGCACCUCAGUCCUCAGCACGAAGGCCGUCAGGAUCCUCAGCCGACAGGGGAUCGACCCGGCGCGCCUGCUGCGCUGCCGCUUCGUGCUGACCUGGAAGAAGGACACGCUCAAGACGCUGCAGCUGGAAGUGAUACAGUGCGAGCCGUGCGUCUGGGUCAUUCGAGACGGCACGAAGCUGGUUGGCAUGGUUAUCCUACACGUCGACGACAUGAUGAUCGCCGGCGACCAUCACAACUCGGCAUUCCUCAAGAAACGACAGCAGAUACAACAGGCCUUCGAGUGGACACCUUGGGAGAGCCGAGCGUUUGUGCAGUGCGGCAUCAGUAUUCGACAGAAUGAGGACUACACCUGCAGUCUCGCACAGGACAGCUACAGCCUGAACGUGGAGCCCAUCAAGAUACGACGUGGACGCAAGCCCACGGAAGGAGUUUCAGACAAGGAGAGAUCAGAUCUACGAGGCCGACUUGGUACAGUCGGAUGGCGAGCUCAGCAGUCGGCCCCGUGGCUCAGUGCAGAAGUCUCUCUACUUCAAGCGGAGAUACCUACGGCGACGGUCUCUACCAUCCAGAAGAUCAACAAGCUGAUCCGCACCAUGAAUGACACUGCCGACGUGGUCAUGCUCAUCCCGGCCAUCGAGCAGAUCGCUGUGGUUGGCUGGGCGAUGCUGCCUGGGCCGCUCGUAUCACUGGCGAGUCCCAGGGUGGUUCAGAUGAUGACAGAGACCCUCGACGAGAUCAGCUACGUGCGCCUGUUCAUCUACGAGCUGGAGUGCGGCCAAGUGGACUACACCAACAAGCAGCACGUGAACGACGCCAUCUCAUCCUGCCCUGGCGCACUGGUCACAGACGGUAAGUCGGGCUACGACGCGAUCGAGAAGAGCGAGUCAGCUGGUCUCGGCCUACGCGAUAAGCGGACGAGCAUCGAGUGUCUAGGCAUUCGACAGCAGAAGGAGCAGACGGCCCUCCAGAUACGCUGGGUCCACAGCGAUGCCAUGCUAGCCGACGGCCUCACCAAGGAUCGAGCCGCCAAGGUCUUGCUGGAGUUCUUCAGGAGACCCCUGCCGGAGAUAUAG